AUGGAUUCUUCUGAUUUCACCGAAUCAAUGCUAGAUCAGCUCCCUAUGGAAAGAUUUUGGGACAUUCCUUUGUACCAAUGGGAUGGAUUUUGGUACAGAUCUUAUCAUCUCCAAGCAACAAUGGCUCUUCGUUCCCAGUACAUCGCACGCGACGACGACAUCAUCCUCGCAUCCCCCAUGAAAACCGGCACCACUUGGCUCAAGGCCCUUUGUUUUUCCAUCCUUCAAAAGGAAGAAAACGCUGCUCGCCUUAAUGAAGAAACGCUAGCCAAGACCGAGAAAGACGAUCCCCGUCACCUCCGAGACCCGCUCGUCGACAACCAUCCCGCCGUCUACGUUCAAACCUUGGAAGUUCAAGUUUUUACGGCGAAACCACCGCCGGAUGUUUCGGCUAUGGAGUCCCCAAGGCUUUUCCACACUCACUUGCCCUACACAGCAUUACCGGACUCCAUUAAAACCUCCAACUGCAAGCUUGUUUACAUAACAAGGAACCCUAAAGACACGUUGGUCUCCAUGUGGCACUUCUUCAACAAACUCCGAACACCAGAACAAGGUCCAUACCCUUUUGAACAAGCAUUCGGGUCCUUCAUCAAUGGCGUUUCUCAUUUCGGUCCAUUUUUCGACCACGUUUUACAGUACUGGAACCAAAGCUUGAAAUCCCCCAACAAGAUACUGUUCUUAAAGUACGAAGACCUCAAAAAGGACACCAAAGGUGAGGUUAAGAAACUGGCUUCGUUCCUUGGAAAACCAUUCAAUAAUGAGAAAGAGGUUGAAGACGUAAUAUGGAGGUGCAGCUUGGAGAGGCUGAAGAACUUGGAGGUGAACAAGAAUGGGAUCGACCCUUGGGUUGGGAUGCAAAACAGUGCAUUCUUCAGGUCUGGAAUUGUUGGAGAUUGGAAAAACAUUAUGAGUAAAGAGUUCAGUGAGCGUUUGGAUCAAAUCACGAUGCAGAAAUUAAAGGAUUCUGGGCUUCACCUUGAGAUUUGA